CACUUUUCCUAUAUGACUGUUAUAUUUUGUUAUAUAUACACUCUUUUUGCACCUUUUUUUCAUUGAAUAUAUAUUGGUGACAAAUAGGUCAUUACCUAUGGCGUGGUCGUGUUCUUCUCUGAUAGCUGUCCUCUGGUGUCCCCCCUGUACUUCAAAAGUGACUGGACCAGCAGCAUCUCAAGUGGGCCCAGCAGUAGUCUGUUUUCACAAGCCCUCCUGGUGAUUCUGAUGUGUGCUUCAGUGUGAGAACCCUGACUUAGAGUCCUCCGCUGGUCAUUGAGGGAGCCAGUCCUUCGCUGUGACAAGCCAUGCUGAAAUUAAUCUUGUACGGUUAUUUCAUAUUUGUCUGUGUAUCUGUAGGAUAAAGUCCUUGAAAUUGAUUUGCUGGGUCAAAGGCAAUGUGAGUGUUUUAACUUUACCAAAUUAUCCACCAUAGGGGUUGUAUCAAUUUACACUCCUACCAGCAGUGACCUCGAUUCCUGUGUAAUGGCUGCUUAGUAGUCCAUUCUCCGGAGGUUUUUGAGCAGGUCCUCCAUUCUGACUCAACAUUACGGCAUGGGAUAUUUAUAACAGUCACCCACGGAGGAGACCUGAUUCCUUUGUAUGGUGAAGCAUCUGUUCAACCUUGGUUUGUCAUCAAAUAAUAUUAAGCCUCUUCCCACCCAGGAUACUGGGCUGAAAUGAAAGGAAUAUGUGGAAAUGAGCCCUAACAUUGAUUGAAUGCCUCGGACAUGCCCGAGACGAUCACCAGCCGGGACGCCGCCCGCUUCCCCAUCAUCGCCAGCUGCACGCUCUUGGGGCUCUACCUCUUUUUCAAAGUUUAUUUUCCCAAUAAAAGUUACACAGGCUCAGUGUUGAAAACCUGGAAAACACAGAAAAGUAAAAAGGGGAAAACAGCAGUCAUCCAAAACCCCACUUCCAGAGACAGUCACAGAUUCCCUGUUGAGAUAUUCUCCCAGGAGUACAUCAACCUCUUGCUGUCCAUGUAUUUCUUCGUGCUGGGAAUCCUGGCCCUGUCCCACACCAUCAGCCCCUUCAUGAGUAAGUUUUUUCCAGCCAACUUCCCAAAUCGACAGUACCAGCUGCUCUUCACGCAGGGCUCUGGGGAAAACAAAGAAGAAAUCAUCAAUUAUGAGUUUGACACCAAGGACCUGGUGUGCCUGGGCCUGAGCAGCAUCGUUGGCGUCUGGUACCUGCUGAGGAAGCACUGGAUUGCCAACAACCUCUUCGGCCUGGCCUUCUCCCUGAACGGGGUAGAGCUUCUGCACCUGAACAACGUCAGCACCGGCUGCAUCCUGCUGGGCGGCCUCUUCAUCUACGACGUCUUCUGGGUAUUUGGUACCAACGUGAUGGUGACAGUGGCCAGGUCCUUUGAGGCACCAAUAAAAUUGGUGUUUCCCCAGGAUCUGCUGGAGAAGGGCCUCGAAGCAGACAACUUUGCCAUGCUGGGACUCGGCGAUAUCGUCAUUCCAGGAAUCUUCAUUGCCUUGCUGCUGCGUUUUGAUAUCAGCUUGAAGAAGAAUACCCACACCUACUUCUACACCAGCUUCGCGGCCUACAUCUUCGGCCUGGGCCUCACCAUCUUCAUCAUGCACAUCUUUAAGCAUGCCCAGCCUGCCCUCUUGUACCUGGUCCCCGCCUGCAUCGGCUUUCCCGUCCUGGUGGCACUGGCCAAGGGAGAAGUGACGGAGAUGUUCAGUUAUGAGGAGUCAAAUCCUAAGGAUCCAGCAGCCGUGACAGAAUCCAAAGAGGGAACAGAGACCUCAGCAUCAAAGGGGCUGGAGAAGAAGGAGAAAUGAUGUGGCUGGUGCCUGCCCUCAUGAGGGCCGCCAGGCAGGCAGGGAAGGACCAGCACAGGCUUGCACAGGCAGAGGGUGCCGGAGGCCUGGCAACUCCGGGGAGGGGCGGGGCAGCAGGAUCCUGCAGUGACACCUCUGUGGCCUGGUUCCCUCUUCCCCUUCUCUGGCCUUCUUCUGCCCCUCCCUGUCACCUGCAGGCAAAGGAAGCCCCCAGCUUCCCCUACUGCCCCAGGUGCCAGGUGGAAAAAAUGGAUCUGAUUUUUAGAUUUUUGUAUUGUGGACUGACUUUGCCUCACAUUAAAAAUGCAUCCUGUUGCCCAGGCAGACCUCUGAGCUCCUAGAGGGGUUCUCUGCACCCAGCAUCUUACAUUGGAUCUACUAGCUCUCACCCUCCCACCCAGAAACCUUUCUGUAAGCCCCUUCUUGGGGAUGGAUUGUCACAAUCUGAGGAGAAGCCCUGACUUCUGGGCCCUUCCUUCCUGAAUGCCCACCCAGUGCCUGGCCAGUCUGCCAAUUCAGCACCCCAAGGAUGCCCUCUGGCCAGCAGAGGGAGCCCACGAGCCCUCUCCCACUAGCCAUCCAGUUGUCCUGGCCACUGUCCUCACACACUAGGGGGCAGCAAACAUGUUGGACAGGUGCUGGCUGUGCCACCUCUCCACCCACCCAUGAAGGGAGGCAAAGAGGUUGGUGCCAAAAGACUGACUUCACUCGGCAAAGGGACCAGUAUCUGAAAAGGCAGAGAAAUGGGCAGGGCCUCAUGGUCCCCAGGGAAUGGUUUAGAUUUUAUCCCCAGGUUGGCAGGAACCAGCUUCCCUGGUCCCAAUGUCGACAAGGCUUCAGCUGGAGAGCACCUGGACUCUGUCGCCGUCGAGAUCAAGGCCCCAUCAUUGUCAUUCUUGGGGCUCUUCCUCAAAAUGACUACUGCAAGGCCAGAAAGAUCCUGAAUCUAGGAGCACCUCUCCCCACAGCAAUGCUGGUCACAGCACAAGGGCCAAAGCCACUGGAGAAGCAGGUUGGGAGGGAUUGGGCCCAGUGCUUGGGAGGCCGUCCAGGCCCGAGAGCUGGAGCUCGAAGGGCCAGGGUUUCUAUGACAUUUGCAGAACACAGCAGCCCUUGCCUGCCGGAGGAGCCCAGUGCACUAGGUGAGGUGUCGGGUCACUGGGUGGAGAAACUGAGAUGGGAGGGGGUGUCCACUGGCCUGAGACUCAGUCCUCCAGCUCCCAGCCCAGGGCACUCCCUUGACCAAGCUUCGGGUUCAAAGGCUGAAAAUAACUGACUUCCAGACAGUUUGGAGGUGCCUAAAGGACAAGGAUGAGCAGAGAAUCAGAAGUAUUUGUAAUAACCUCACUAGGUAUUGAGCUGUUACAUGUACCAAGCACCUCAAUACAGGAUUUCACUUAAUUCUCACAGUCAGGCCCAGGUGAUAUGAACCCUGUCAUGCAAGUGAGAGAGUUGAAGCAUCUUGCCCACAGAUACGGACUUGUCCUCAAGCAAUCUGACUUCCAGAGUUCCUAAGGACUGUGCAACUCCUCUCCACCUCUUGGGCCUAGGAUUCUAUGGAAAGGAACACAAGUCUAGGACAUCGCAAAGGCUUCUAGCCAGGAGGGUCCCUUUCAGGGGCUUCUCCAUCUCUUCCGACUCCAGCCGCCUCCG